AUGGCGUUCAUACUACUCUCAGCAUAUGUGGCUUUACUCCUGGUGUUCAAUCGUUCUCGCGAAGUCCAGGCUCCUAUCAUAGCUGAUGGAGCAGAUCUAGGUUCUCUAUCCACUGAUGCCCGCAUGGGCCACAUGAACCCUACAGAGUCACCGGGGCGAUCACGCGAUUUUAGUGCGAAUAUCAAAGUACACGAUGUUAGCCGUGAAAAAAUUGAACGAAUUCACAAAGCUGGGUUCAAGCAACUAACCUCCCUGACUACUCCCGACAAUUUUGACGGUUUCGUCCUUCCCGUCAUGCGAGGAAAUGGUGCUUUAUAUCAAAAGGACUUCCUCACACAAAAACUGUGGAACGCGAUGCGAAGUCAGAUUGAGAAUUCAGGGACGUUUGAAGCAUACUACGCCGGACGUCUAGGGUGGGAUGGGGAGUAUCCAGCAGAGGAAGAACCCAAGAUAAUCGAUGAGAAGUAUGUAAACGAUGAAACCUGGGUUCAAUUUAUGGAAGCGGAGUACCCCAUCAAUCUUCCUCUGCAUACCAAACACGAACACUGCUAUGUUCGAGGGCCGUUGACCACCCCGUUGUGCUUCGAGCCAAGGGACGGUGAAGAAGAACCAGAAGAGAAUACCAUCUGGAAGAAAGAUCUGCAACAUUACAUCGAUUUCAUCAAUGGUCAUGAUUCUUUUGGAACCAACGUUAAGCUCACAGAGAGCGAAAAGUCCCAAAUCGCAGAUGAUCUCAUGGAAAUAGAAGUGGAUGACUCUUUUGAAUUGCAAAAGCGCCUAAUGAUUGACGUGAAAGAGAAGCAGGCGGCAGAACAACAUAGACAGGCAAUAGAAGCGUUUCACGAUAAACUAAAGGCUGGCGACAGGGCUGAGGCUGAGAAGAAAUUGGAGAUUGCUAAUGCGAUCGAGCGACCACACCUCGAGCGUGCGAAACGGGCUAUGCUAUGGGCUGUAAGGAACAUCACCCGGCUGGUUGAAGCCAAGUACCCGGGCCAAAAAUUUGUCUGGUUUGAUGUCAAUCCAUGGAUUAGGUAA